CAUAUGAUAAUCGCGUGACUGUGAAUCGUGUGUUCUGAGUUUUGUCGGGUGGUUUUAAGGGUGAUUUAGGGUAGUAAGGUUUACUUGUCACUUUUUAGUAAAUUAUAUUUGCUCGUGUAAAAGAUCCGUGGUUAAAUCUUACGGUUUGGCUUCUAACGGUGGGUGGGUGUUACUUAGAGAAGGACCGCUAAGAAACAUAAGGGUGUUGAAAUUGGUGAGGGGCCACAUACGUGGGCACGAGAAGUUGGGGCGCUACACCCUGAAAGUUUAGUCCACAGCUUUGCCUGUUGGUGUACUGUUUUAACGAGGAUUUUGCAAAUAUCAGACAACCGUUUUGCACAUACUCUGGCCACUGAGUGAUGCCUAGUGCAGCUAUGAAGAAGAAGGUGCUGUUGAUGGGAAAAAGUGGGUCUGGUAAGACCAGCAUGAGGUCCAUCAUCUUUGCUAACUACAUCGCCAGAGAUACAAGACGCUUAGGAGCUACAAUUGAUGUGGAGCACUCCCAUGUUCGAUUUUUGGGGAACCUAGUUUUGAAUCUUUGGGAUUGUGGUGGGCAGGACACUUUUAUGGAGAAUUACUUCACGAGUCAGCGGGAUAACAUUUUUCGCAAUGUUGAAGUUCUGAUUUAUGUGUUUGAUGUGGAAAGCCGGGAACUGGAAAAGGAUAUGCACUAUUAUCAAUCUUGCCUGGAGGCAAUUCUUCAGAACUCCCCUGAUGCCAAAGUUUUCUGCCUUGUACACAAGAUGGACCUUGUACAAGAAGAUCAGAGAGACCUGAUCUUUAAAGAAAGAGAGGAAGAUCUGAAACGUUUAUCAAGGCCUCUGGAAUGUACUUGUUUCAGGACAUCCAUAUGGGAUGAAACACUUUACAAGGCUUGGUCCAGUAUUGUUUAUCAGCUGAUCCCCAAUGUCCAGCAGUUAGAAACCAACCUAAGGAACUUCUCCCAGAUUAUUGAGGCCGAUGAGGUGCUCCUUUUCGAAAGGGCCACUUUCUUGGUCAUCUCUCACUACCAGUGUAAAGAACAACGUGAUAUUCACAGAUUUGAGAAAAUCAGCAACAUCAUAAAGCAAUUCAAACUUAGUUGCAGCAAGCUGGCUGCUUCAUUCCAGAGUAUGGAAGUGAGGAACUCAAACUUUGCUGCUUUUAUUGAUGUUUUCACUUCAAACACCUAUGUUAUGGUUGUGAUGUCCGACCCUUCAAUACCUUCAGCAGCGACUCUCAUCAACAUCCGUAAUGCAAGGAAGCAUUUUGAGAAACUGGAGAGAGUGGACGGCCCGAAGCAUAGCCUUUUAAUGCGUUGACCAUGGCUCAGAGUUGUAGUUUUCUCAGGGGAGGGGGACACACGCUUUUUAUCUGUCUCCUAAAAACCCAAAGAAGGCUAUUUAUGUAUUGUGUAAUCCAAAAUCAUUAUAUGGCCAUACUGCAGUGCUGUAAUUAGGUUACAGUACUUGGACAUUUUGUGGUCAUAUUCCGCGGUCUUAAUCUACUGCUGAUCGGAUUGCUUGCCAAAUAUUUGGCAAAUGGGAGACCUUUGGUCUGCAGAUGGGGCUGUGCAAUUUGAAAUGCAGUUUGAAAACUACGUAACCUGCACUCUUAGGUUCCUCGUACUGGAGCCUGGCUCGAUUUGACUUGAGCAGAUUACAUGACUUGACUUCCUGCAAGUAAUAAUGUGGUUAUUUUGAAAUGGAAGUAACAAAUAUUUUUAUCUUUGUUGCUAGCACUGAGCACCUGUUUAAUAAAACUGUUUCUGCAA